UUAGAUUGUUUCUUAAUUUCAUUUCAUUAUUUAGUUAUAGUAAAUUGUUUUAAUUAUGCGCAAAGGGCUCAUUAUUUAUCUGACAACCCAUUAUUUAUGAAGCUUCCAAAAGUAUUCCUCGCUUUUCCUUGAACAAUUUAAAAUUUUAGUUAUUCCAUUUUUUACUCUUAUCAAUAGUUUAGUCUUGUGUUUUUGUUGUUAAAUUGACUAAAUCUUUUGAUGAAGUAAAGGGGAAUUUAGAGAGGAAUUUUGGAAAAAAGGAAAGAUAAAGCUAACUUUUACCUCGGGCAGAAAUUCCUAAAUUUGCUGAGAAAAUUGAACUCAGUAAAAUACAUAGUGUACUUUUUGUCAGGUAUGUGACCGAAAUUGAAAAAAAUGUAAUUUUCAAAAUCCGUAAGAUAUAGGUGAUCCUAAUUAUUUCAACUUUUCUCUUAUAGGUCUCUCUUACCCCACCCUUUGCCCUUUAAAAUAUUUUCGAAUACUUACAUUUAUUUUUCAAUUAAAAUUCUAGAACAAUUACCCCAACAAAUUUUGGAUGAUGUAACAACAACCUUACCCCCACCACCAACUUCCUCCCCCAACAAAAACAGUGGGGGUGUUAGAAGUUCUUUUGUCGGUACAGCACAUUAUAUAAGUCCGGAAGUUCUAAAAUCUGAAGAUGUUGGGUCUGAAUGUGAUUAUUGGGCAUUGGGGGCUAUUAUCUUUCAAAUGAUCUCUGGACAACCGCCUUUUCGAGCAGUAAAUGAGUACAAAAUUUUGAAGAAAAUUCUUGGAUUAGAUUUUCACUUCCCAGACGGGUUCCCUUCUAUUGCCAAACAAUUAGUUAGUGGAUUACUUGUUUAUAAACCAAGUGAACGUCUUGGAAGUGCUGCCAAUGGGGGAAUAGAGGCGCUAAAAAGACACGAGUUUUUUAAGAAUGUCAAUUGGGAAAAUAUUUUUACAAGAAAACCACCAGAAUUAAAACCUUAUUUGCCUGCUAGUUGUGGAGAACCAGCAUUUUAUAGUGAUUAUAAUCCUUUAUCUGGAAAUAUUGAGCCUGGAUUGAAUGAAGCAGCGCUUUAUAGAUUAAUGGGGUUGGGGCCUUCUGUUGGCGGUGGUGGGGGAUGUACUUCACUUAAAGGAUUUAUGGAUUUUGAUUGUAUUGAAGAUUUUUUACCCUCAACAUGCUCAAUCCCUCCAAGCGCCUCCGCCUCUUCUUCCUGUUCUUCUUUUAGCUCAACCCCAACAACUUCCUCUUUCCAAACUUCAACAGAUUUAAACGACACAACAAAUUUAUUAUUAUUUUCGAAUUUAACAGAAGAAGAAAGGGAAAGGAGGAGAAAAUGUCAACUUGAACGUCAAAAACAAGAACAUAAAUAUCACCAAUUUGUCCAAAAUAAUUUAAUAUUAAAAUGUGGAUUAAUUGAUAAAAAGAAGGGACUUUUUGCUAGAAGAAGAAUGUUUCUUCUUACAGAGGGCCCCCAUUUAUUUUAUGUUGAUCCAGUUUCAAUGCAUUUAAAGGGGGAAGUCCCUUUUUCGGCUCAAAUGAGGACUGAAGCGAAGAAUUUUAGAACUUUUUUUGUUCAUACGCCAAAAAGGACAUAUUAUCUAUUCGAUCCAGAACGGCAUGCAAAGGAUUGGUGUGAUGCUAUUGACUGGGCUCGUGAACAACACUUCUCUUCUUUAAACAAAUCAAAAGACAAAGUUUCAACAAAAACAAUUGGACAAACUUGUGACAAUCAAGGGGGAGGAAAUAUUCAAAAUAUCAGCAGCGUUACUAAACUUUUUUCUGGAAGAACCAAAAGCCCUUCUUCGGGUGUUGAAUAA